GAUCAACUCCCGGAUCUCCACACGUCGCCGUGCCCGUGGUCUACGUAUGACAUCCUCACGAGCUUCCCCCGCCUGAAGUUCAUCCAAAUUCACAUGUUCGAGCCGGACUUCGUCCCUCAGCCCAUCCACUGGCAAGACAAGCGCGACAAGGCUCUUCAGCUUAGUAGGCCAGACGCGCUAACCGUCGCAUGGGUGCUAGAAGAACAAGCCUGGGGUACAAUCCUGGAGCACCCCGAUGACGUCCGUCAACUGUUCGAUGAGGCCGCGUCUGAGGUGCUCCGUCAGUGGGCGCCGUACGUCGACCGCGUCGUGUAUGGAGAUGCGGGCGUUCUGGAUACUUCGGUCCGUUUUGGAAAGGAUGGCACCUUUGAGAUCCUUAGGCAGGACGAGCUUUUGGGAGAGGAUCACUGGAGAAAACUGUGAUCCCGUAUGCCGCAUCGCAUGGAACCUGAACGCGUGCGUUUGACGGCGCCAGUGGCGCGUCACUUUCGUUCACUUUGUUUGUCAGUCAGGAUUGGUACUUCUUGAGUUGUUGCGCAGGUGCGCUGUAGUUGUAGCCUACAGAUCGUGUCUGCAGAGUAUGGAGCAUUCGGCUAGUUUGUAGCACUAUGUACUAUUAGAUGUCGCCAUUCAAGGCGAUCAC